AUGGCUGUUUCAAAAGCGAAAGCGCUAGCGCUUUUAGCCUUCAGCGAAUUAGAAAAUGAAGAAUAUAAAAGAAAUAUCACUGAAUUAAUUUUGCCAUUGGUUGCUUCAAUUAGUUCUACCGACCGUGUCGAUGCUGUUAGGAUACCAGGAUACUUUGAGACAGUAAUACCCUUAUAUACCGAUGACACAUAUAAAAGCCAUUUUAGGUUGAGAAAAACACCAGUUGAAUCAUUGUGUUUAAAGAUUGGAAACUUCGAUCAGUUUUUUAAAUCAAAUAGUGGUGGAAGACCAAUGGAACCACUUCGUAGCAUUGCUGAUCGCUUCGAUGUUACCGAGUCAACAGCACUCAGAAUUAUACGUCGAGUAUCGAAGGCAAUUAUGUGUUGUUUGGUCCCAGUUAACAUUGUUUGGCCUUCUGGAAGCUCCAUAAUCGAAGUAGCUAAUGGCUUUAAAUUUCUAAAAGGGAUGGAAGGUGUAAUUGGGGCGAUAGAUGGCAUGCACAUUGAGAUAUCAGGCCAAUCAUUUUGUAAUGAGAAUUAUAUCAACAGAAAAGGCUUUUCGUCGAUAGUUCUUCAGGGAGUGUGCGACCAUAACAUGAGAUUUACAGAUUGUUAUACAGGGUGGUCUGGUUCUGUAGACGAUGCUAGGGUAUUUGGCAAAAGCGACCUUCAACGCAUCCUUAAUGAUCCACGUACCAUGGUACCCAAUCGCACCUUUAUGGUUGGCGACACAGCAUACAAGCUGGAAACAUUUAUGAUGACACCUUAUAAAUGUAUCAACGCUCUUGAUUCUAUUAAGAAAAAAUAUAAUUACACCCAAUUCCCAACACGCAACAUCAUAGAAAGAGCAUUUGUUUUAUUAAAAUCGCGUUUUCCUUGA